AUGGACGACACGAAACAACCGGACGCAACGAGCAUGCCGUCUACGGCGCAACAGCUUCCCCCAGGAAGUUCACAACAGGAAGUUCAAGCUAACGAGUUCCGCAGUGCCAAGCUACCCACGUUCUGGCGCAAUAAUCCGAAGCUCUGGUUUUGUCAACUUGAGAGUUACUUCGAACAUUACCACGUCCGCUCGGAUGAUGUACGUUACCAUGCAGUCGUUCGUCAACUCGACGAACAGACCAUGCUUAUGGUCUCUGACCUCAUUGUUACUCCACCAACUCAGGAUAAGUAUCAGACUAUUAAGGACAAAUUAAUUACAAGACUUUCAGAGUCAGAAGAAAGCCAAUUUCGCAAACUGCUCUCGGGCCUCGAGCUGGGAGACAAACGCCCCACCGGUCUGUUAAGGGAAAUGCGCGCCCUAGCAGACAAAAGCGUUCCGGACCGGGUACUGAAGACUCUAUGGCUUCAACGUCUACCCAAACACGUCCAAGAAAUCCUCACGGUGGUUGAAACUGUCGAACUGGACAAGUUGGCCGAGAUGGCAGAUAAAACUAUCGAACGAACCCGCGCACCUUUCGUCGGGGAAGUCGAGACACAUGCCAGCAAACGAUCCGUCGACCUAGCAGACCUGACCGGUCAGAUGAGCCAGAUAAUGACCCGUUUGGAACAUCUUGAGUGUGACCGAGUUAUCGGGCCAUCCAGGGAAUGGCAACGCGACAGGCGACCCAGGCAACGUUCUAGGUUCAGGUCUAGAGAGGACCAAAAGGGAGUUUGUUACUACCAUAAACGAUUUGGACCUAACGCGGAGCGGUGCACUACCCCUUGCUCGUGGUUGGAGACAGGUCCACAAAAAAACUGA